UUACCUUCUCUGUGCAAUGGCUUUGCAUAAAGCAGCCCCGAUCCUCCUCUUCUAGGGUCUCCUGUGAGCGCUCUUGGCACCUCCCCCCUGCCGAGUGCCCCUAUAGCAAGCCGCUUGCUAUGGGGACACUCGGUGGUGUAUGCGACCAUACUUCAUGUUACAAGAGUACAAUCCAAACGCACACGUUCCUGCGUUAAAAAAUGGCUGUGUGUAUAAGUGGGUGCUGCAGCGACCGUCGGCUGGAACCGAACAGAAUCAGGAAGGGAGAAUGUCACCAGCACACCGAGGAUCACCAAUAUGGGUCUAGAAGUUUUAAUGAA